CCUUCUCCCAUAAGCUUCAUAUACCCAACAAAAACAAUCAAAAAUCUCAAAUUCCAACUUGAAAUCUUCAUAAUUUCUCUCUCUCUCUCGACUUUCUUUCAUGUGAAGCCACUUUUUCUUUUUCCUCAACCACAACCACCGUGCCUCUAUUUACACUUAUCUGCAACUUUUGAUGCUGUCUCCAUUUAAGAUUCACGGAACAAUUGUAGUAGUAACUUAUAACCCUCCAUCUCCAGCAUUGUGCUGCGGCGACGCAUAUUAGCAGCAUUUUCAAAACCCCCAACCCAAAAAAUGAAGCGUUUCUUCACCGAGGCCUAUGCAUACGGCGCCGUAUUAAUGGUAUCUCAUAUGAUCACGGCCUAUGCGAUGCUCGAUCCCAUCGAUUUCCUCACCUUACAAUCCAUUCGAAAGAGCAUGGAUGAUUUGCCCGGCUCCAACUACUUCGCCUCUUGGGAUUUCACGUCGGACCCCUGCAACUUCGCCGGGGUCUACUGCGACGCAGAUAGAGUGAUCGCCCUCAAUCUCGGCGAUCCCCGGGCCGGUUCUCCCGGCCUCACGGGUCGGAUUGACCCGGCCAUCGCCAAGCUCUCCUCCUUAGCCGAGUUCACCAUCGUUCCGGGUCGAAUUUUCGGGGCAUUGCCUCACACUCUGUCUCAGCUUAAAAACCUACGUUUUCUAGCAAUCAGCCGGAAUUUCCUCUCCGGAGAGAUUCCAGCAGGCUUAGGCGAGCUCCGCACGCUACAGACGCUCGAUCUCAGCUUCAAUCAGCUCACCGGCAGUAUCCCCUUCGUCGUUGGAACUUUGCCGUCGCUAUCCAACGUUAUCCUCUGCCACAACCGCCUCUCCGGUUCGGUUCCUCCGUUCGCAUCUCGAGCCCUAACUCGACUCGACCUAAAACACAACGAUCUAUCCGGCUCUCUCUCGCCGGAUGGUCUGCCGCCAUCUCUCCAAUACCUCUCAUUAUCGUGGAACCGGAUCAGCGGCCCGGUCGACGGAAUUCUAUCUCGAUUGAACCGUUUGAACUACGUGGACCUGAGCUCGAAUCGGUUCACCGGCAGCAUUCCGGGAAUCGUGUUCAGUUUCCCGAUCAGCAAUCUCCAGCUUCAGAGAAACGAAUUCUCCGGUCCAGUCCAACCAUUAAAUGAAGUGACAAUCCCUACCGUCGAUCUCAGCUUCAACCGCCUCUCGGGCGGAAUUUCGCCGCUGUUCGCUACGGUUUCAAAUCUGUAUCUGAAUAACAACAGGUUCACGGGGGAGGUGCCGGGCAGCUUCGUGGAGCGGUUAUUAUCUGCCAGCAUAGAAAUUCUUUACUUGCAGCAUAAUUAUCUGACCGGGAUCGAGAUUGAUCCGACGGUGGAGAUACCGGUGAGCACCUCUCUAUGCCUACAGUACAACUGCAUGGUGCUGCCCGUGGAGACGCCCUGCCCGUUCAAGGCAGGGAGGCAGAAAACAAGGCCAACCACGCAGUGCGUUCAAUGGAAAGGGUAAGAUGGGGAUUUCAUCUUUUUUGCGUAACUGAAUUUUUUGGGGGAAAAAAGAAAUUUAUUAUUUUGGGUAUGCUAUAUGCUAUUACUCACAUUUCAACUGUGGAUAAUGACGGUCACAAUCUUGUUGGCACUCACUUUUUUUUAAUUAUGUUUACCAUUAUUUCAUUUUCUUAUUGCGUUUUAAUCACAUACUACUACUUAAAGUUGCAUUUGCACCUUAAAUUUGUAAUUUUCUUAUUUCUGUUAUUAUAUUAUACUCGUAUAUUAUUAUAUUCGUGUGCAUUUAGUAUUUGUCUUUAUUGGAAUGAUUUUAGCAGAAGUGGUUGAUAUGAAGAUGAUGUGGUGUUGGGGAUAAAGUAACAAAUAUCCAAAGCCUUCUUUGUGAGGAAUAUACUUAUCUCUUUUGCUUUACAUUAAAAUAAUAAUUCAUAGAAUUUGCUGACAAAAAGUUUACAGGUAUCUCCUUGUCUUCACUAAAUCAUUUGUUAAUCACGAUCUAGACGGUCAAAAAGAUAUUACUAAGAUUUAGGUCUGUCAUUGUUUCUCGAAGUUUCUUUUCUUGCAUCUCAAACAAGUGAAAGAUAAAGGGAUUGUUUUUUGCAAGUAUGUGUUGCUAUUGAAUUUAACAUACACUGAUACACUACUAUAUUGAAUACUUACUAGUACUAUAAUUCUAAAAGAAUAAAUUGAUAUGCAGUUUUGUUUAUACUCAUGAUACAUCAUUAUUUGAAUAUUUUGUAUCAUAUGAUUGUCAUCCAAUAAAAUUAUCUGACAUAAGUUUUGCUAUCUUCAACCGUUGCUAGAGUGGGGUAGAUAUUGAUGAAUAUAAUUCUGCAGGGUAGGGGGCUGAAACUAAACCAACAUAACUAUUUGCCAUCCAUCUAUGGAAUAGUUAGGUGAAAUUAGUCAUUUAA